AUGGGAGCACUAUAUUUUGUGGUAGCGGAGCUGACCUAUUCGACUAUGUUUGGUAUCUUGGCCUUUAUGCCAAAUGACUUUCCAUUGGUGUCACGGUUAGUAUUUGAUAAGCGUUUAAAUGUCAUUUUGAUUGUUUUGUAAAAGAUAUGUACUCGACUGGUCGGAAGAGUUACUAGAUUAAUUUUUCGAUAUUUGUCAGGUAUUUCUUACUGAGUAUAUUGUACAAAAAAUUUUACGUUUUUAGAUCGCAUAGAAAUGGCACAAUGAAUUUUUUGAAAAAAAAACAUAAUUUUUGAAAUUUUUUUAUUUUUUAAAAUUUUUUAAAAAUUUACUGUGCUAUCUUACUGUGACGUAAAAGUUUGAAACUUGCAGCAUAGGAUGCUUGUAAUGUGUGCUUUAUAUGUAUUAAGUUUGGUGUUUUUAAUAGCUUUAGUUUGUAAGAUAUGGCAGGUCAAUGUGGGGUACCUACCUUGGUACAAUUUUUUAAAAAAUUUUUGAAUUUAAAGUUGAAAUUUUAAAACCAAGUUCAAUUUCAGAGAGUACCACGAUGGCCUGUACUACCCAAUCAGCUACUAUCUUUCGAAAGUUUGCUCAUUUUUGCCACUGUUCACACUGGAUGGCCUGAUCAUGAUGACGAUUUCCUUUGUCAUGAUCCUCUUCAAUGGCUCAGUAAAAACGUUGAUGCAGAUCCUAGGAUCGGGUGUGCUAAUCGAAUGGAGCGCAGCGGCAUGUGGUGUGAUGUUAUCCACAAUAUUUCCAUCGUAUGCAAUCGCCAUGAGCGUAGCGGGCCCAUUGAUCACGGUAUUAUCAUUGGUUGGUGGAAUCUAUGCCAAUGUGGGACAUUUGCCAGUGUAUAUUCGAUGGAUGCAGUACAUUAGUUGGUUUAAGUAAGGAAUUUUUGGGCUUAUGAUAGCGAUUUCUUGGUUUAAACCGGAAAUUUUUAGGCUUUUGAUAAAUAAAUUAUGUUCUUUUAGGUAUGGAUUUGAAGCCUUUUCUAUAUUCGAAUGGCUGGAGGUGGAAGAAGAUGGUUGUGUGGUACAGUUGAGAAAUGUGGUGAGCUUUUGGCACUUUUAACCUUUAUCUUGUCUCUUUCCACUUCAAAAUUUGAAUUUUGUUUUUUCCGCCAAAUAAUUAAAAGUUUUUAAAUUAUAAGGACACGUAUUUGAUUUUAAAAGCCAAAAAAAUGAAUUUAAGUUUAAUCUUAUCACUUUUGACAUUGCAGAGUCACCUCGCCCUAGAAGGAUCAGACCAACGAAACGUUACCUGCUUAUCGGCCGAUGACAUUCUCGACCUGUAUUCACUGAAAAGAGAGAAUAUCUACUUGGAUAUUGGUGUUCUACUCGGAUUCAUUGUGUUCUUCUACACGAUCGGCCUCUUCUCACUCUAUAUUAGACUCAGAUUGUCACGAUAA